AUGUUUAUCUCCAAGACUAUUCUGUUGCUUACCUGCUUGGCCGUCCGAAAGCGCGGCGACCCAGUCCUAUCCACUUCACCCUAUCCCAACACCACCAUCGCCGGAAUCACCGUAAUCGACACGCCCACAGUCCGCGCGGCCAUCGAGUUUUCGCGCAAUCACAGCUCCGAGGCCGUCUUCUUGCACCAAAUGCGGGCUUGGCUCUUCGGCUCCCUCAUCAUCGCCGGCAACGAGACGCUCCGAAACAGCGUCGACAUCGAAGUCCAAGCCGUGUCGGCCCUGCUGCAUGAUCUCGGCUGGAGCAUGGCGCCGAAUUCUACCAUCGUCAGUAGCGACAAGCGUUUCGAAGUCGACGGAGCCAUUGCAGCGAGGAAAUUCCUCGCCGACUACGGGGACGAUGGUUGGGAUGCGAGGCGCACCCAGUUGGUUUGGGAUGCUAUUGCUCUGCACACUACAAGGACCAUUGGGUAUUACAAGGAGUACGAGGUGUCGACGACUAGUAUGGGCAUCUCGGUUGACUAUGAUGGGCUGAAGCCUGGCGUGACGAAUGAGACGUUCGCCACCAUUAUUAAGGAGUUCCCUAAUGAUGAGUUGAAGAAGGUUACCAAUGAUACUUUUACUUGGAUCUGCGCAACCAAGCCAGCUGUCACGUAUGACACUCAACUGCAGUCGUGGGGAGAGCGAUACGUGGCAAACUAUUCGACGGAAGGAAACUUGAGAAUUGACCACAUCUUUGACAAUUUGUGA